UUAUCCUUACAACAACCCUGUGAGGUAUGCAAGGCUGAGAGUCAGUGGCUGGCUCAAAGCCAUCCAGGGAGAGCCAGACACGAGUACGGACUGCAACAUCAGUGAAAUAUCAGUAGAAGAUAAACUGGCCAAAGGAAUACAUUUCUAGAAGAAGUUCAUUCUGGGGGUUAUGGAUAAAAAGUUAAUGAUUAAUUUGUCCUUGGAAUAUUGCCCAUCCGGUUUUCUUUAACUCCAGUGGAUUUCCUUUGGAUACGUCCUCUACUCUCUGGAUCGUGGGACCUUCUGUUUCAUUCGCAGAUGGAGACUCCAGAGGCCUAACUGGACCAGCGUUGUGGGAAGAUUUCUUUUUUCCACCAUGAGAGCUUUACUGAAAUCACAGAUUCUCAAAUCCGUCUGGCAAUUUGGACAGCCUGAACAAUCAUUCCAUCGCUCUCACCGGCUCCUUUACUCUCCCAUAUUCAAGCAAUACGAAGCUGUCAGCCGUGGGGAGCAGCCACUACCUGAGUAUUUUAACUUUGCAAAGGAUGUAUUAGACAAAUGGUCACAAAUUGAAAAGGAUGGAAAGAAAGCUUUCAAUCCAGCACUCUGGUGGAUAAAUGGAAGAGGAGGUGAAGUGAGGUGGAGCUUUGAGGAGCUGGGUAUCCGGUCCAGAAAAGUAGCAAAUCUUCUCUUGGACCAAUGUGCCCUACGUCGGGGAGACCGGAUACUGGUUGUUCUACCCCGCAUCCCUGAAUGGUGGCUGUUGACUGUGGCUUGCAUAAGGACAGGAAUCAUUCUUAUCCCUGGAAUAUCCCAGCUGACAGCUAAAGAUAUGCAGUACCGACUCCAGGCUUCCAAGGCCAAAUGUAUUGUCACCACCGAUGCUUUAGCGCCUGCAGUGGAUUCCAUUGCCAAUGAAUGUCCCUUCCUGCAAACCAAACUACUGGUAUCUUCAGGGGAAGGCGAGAGAGAUGGAUGGCUGAGCUUCAACGCACUGUUCAAAGAUGCAGCUGCCAGCCACAGCUGUGCGGAAACAAAGCUCCAUGACCCAAUGAUGAUUUACUUCACCAGUGGAACUUCGGGCGCUCCGAAAAUGGCUGAGCUUUCCCAAGGCAGUCUUGGCUUCCGGUCGAUUCUUGGCAAGAGGCUCUGGUUGGACCUAACCCCUUCAGACAUUAUGUGGUCCACUGUGGACACAGGCUGGAUUGUGGCUGCCCUGGGAACGGUUUUUGGUCCCUGGGUGUUUGGAUCAUGCAUCUUUAUACAUAACCUGGAACAAGUGCAGUCAGCGACUAUCCUAAAUACUCUCUCCCGAUUUCCCAUCACCACUUUCCUGAGUGUUCCAACCAUGUACCGCAUGUUGGUGAAGGACGAUCUCACCAGUUAUAAAUUCCUGAGUCUGCAGCACUGCAUCAGUGGAGGGGAACCUCUGAAUCCGGAAGUGGCGGAGCAAUGGAAGAACAAGACGGGCCUGGCCAUCCACGAAGUAUAUGGACAGACAGAAGCAGGUAUUAUUUGUUCGACGAGCAAACAGAUGAAGGUUAAGCCAGGCUCAAUGGGAAAGGCAUUUCCACCAUAUGAUGUUCAGAUCAUAGAUGAAGAGGGAAACAUUCUACCUCCUGGGCAAGACGGCGAAAUAGCAAUCAGAGUGAAGCCCAAAAGGCCACUGGGCCUUUUCUCCCGCUAUGUAGAUAACCCAGAGAAAACAGCUGCGACAGAACGAGGAGAGUUUUAUGUUACGGGGGACAGAGGAGUGAUGGAUCAAGACAGAUACAUACGCUUUGUUGGACGGGCAGAUGACCUCAUGACGUCUUCAGGGUAUCGCAUAGGACCGUUCGAUAUAGAGAAUGCCCUUCUGGAGCAUCCCGCAGUUGCAGAAGCGGCUGCCGUCAGCAGCCCCGAUGCCCUCAGAGGAGAGGUAGUGAAGGCAUUUGUGGUCUUGUCUCCAACCUAUACCUUAAAAAACAAGGAGGACUUAACCGUUGAGCUGCAGGAACAUGUCAAGAAAGUGACUGCCCCAUACAAAUAUCCCAGGAAGAUGGAGUUCGUCCAGCAGCUCCCCAAGACAACCACAGGGAAAAUCAAAAGGAACGAACUGAGGGACAGAGAAUGGGGGCGAAUCUAACACAGCGGAGACUUUGCAUGACCACCAGCCUGGUUAACUCUGCAGACAUCCUUCAAGGUCUGCUGAUAUCAGGAUGACCUAUUUCUGGGUUGGACUUCAAACAUUCAAAAGAGAUUAUACAUUAAAAGGAAGGACAGAGGGCAGGGAGGUUGCUUCAUGCUGAGCAGGCACUGGGAGGAGAACUGGGUGGAUGUCCAAGCUGGCGCUCCACGGCUGUGUUCCACUGUGGCAAGAGAGGUCCCAGGAGACUAGGAGUCUCUCCACAAUGCAAGAGCCAGUGUGGCACAGGAGUGAGGCGUGCUGGCCUGCAGCUCAGGAGGCCUCGUUUCUCAUCCCUGUGGAGCUGAGUGGCUUUGGAUUGGACACUGAACCUCAGCCUCAGGGUUGUGUGCAGGUAAAAUGGAGACGAGGCAGAUCACGUAUGCCACCUUGGGCUCCUUGCAAGAAAGGCGGGAUAUAAAGCCCACAAAUAAAUGAAUCAUAUAGGAAAACACUGGUUGAUUUGCAAAUAUACAAGCCAAGUGUAGUGGAAGCCAAGAGAGUUCUACAGCAAGCACUUACAAAAACUUUUGCCACUUUUCAAUCAAAUAGAAAUCAAAUAGAUUUCUUCUCCUCCUCCUCCUUCAUAUCCAUCCUCUGUCUCCUCCUUCUCCUGCAUCUAUUCCUCCUCCUUCUCAGUCCUGUCCUACAUCAUCAUGGCUAUGCAGUCUUUCGAUACGGCUGCCUUAAGCCAUUUCUUCAGGAUGCAGCAAGGGAUACAGGCAGCCCAUCACAUUCCUCCUCCUAUCAUACACCUGGCAGAAGCCAUUCUAUUAGCCUCUCCCCCAGAAAGCAUUGCCAGGAGCCUCCACAUUCCCUGCUGCAUCUGCCAGGGAAUAAGCACACGAUCCUAUUUGUGCUCAGACAGAAAAGCUGAAGAAAAGGCCUUCAGCUCCCACUACCAGCUGUGCUGGAGUUGUAGCCUUUUUUCUGUACAACAAAGUGUGCGAUUGCACUUUACUCGAUCCUAUGCAUAAUUUGAACAGGAAAAAGUCCUACCACUCCCAGCAUCCCCCUUGCGUAGGAUUGCACACGAAUUCAUUCAGUCUGCAAGCCUCUGUUUUGAGACCAGGUUAAAACUGCAAAGCUCAUGGACACCCCAUCCGGCCUUUACUGCCUCUUCCCCCCUUGCCUGCUCUUUCCAACAUCCAGCCUGACGGCUGCCUCUGAAGACCUCAAAACUUGCACAUUCUGUGAAAUUUUGGUUGCUCCCAAUAAAGGUAUUGGCCAGCGAUGGAUUUUUGAUUUUAUUUCCCAUCAUGGCUCUCCUUGA